AUGUGCCAUUCAUCUAACUGUGGAGGACAUUUCUCUAGACGAAAAAUAGCUGCAAAUUUUUUUCAGUGUGGUUUUUAUUGGCCUACAAUCAUUACAGAUUCUAUAGAAUUUAUUAGAACAUGUAUUUCAUGCCAAUCUAUAGGUAACAUGAGUAAAAAAGAUGAAAUGCCUAUGAGUAACAUAUUAGUAGUCGAAAUUUUUGAUGUAUGGGGAAUAGAUUUCAUGGGUCCUUUCCCAUCAGCUGAAAAAUAUGAAUAUAUUUUGCUUGCUAUUGAUUAUGUGUCGAAGUGGGUGGAAGCUAUUCCUACUAGAACUAAUGAUCAUAAAAUCGUGAUGAAAUUUGUGCAAAAAAAUAUUUUUUCGAGAUUUGGAUGUCUUAGAGUGAUUAUUAGUGAUGGAGGAACAUAUUUUAUAAAUAAACAUUUCAAGAAACUAUUGAAAAAGAAUAGGGUACACCAUAGAGUAGCCACUCCAUAUCAUCCCCAAACAAAUGGGCAAGCUGAAGUAGUAAAUAGGAAAAUUCAGAGAAUUUUGAGAAAAAUAGUUAGACCAGAUAGGAAAGAUUGGCCUACAAAAUUACAAGAUGCAUUAUGGGCUUAUAGAACAGCUUAUAAAAAUCCCAUAGGUAUGUCUGAUAAGUCUUCAUUCAUUUUUAUGAUCUUUUUGUGA